AUGUCUCGAGUCUAUAUCAAUGACGAUGACCUGAAAGGUCUUGAUGACAAGGUUAUCAUAAUUACUGGCGGAUCGUCUGGAAUUGGCAGGGCCACCGCGCAACUGUGUUUAAACCUGGGUGCGAUUGUGGUAAUCGGAGAUUUGAAUGAGCCCGCCGAGGAGUUCGAGAACAGUGAAAAACUCAAGUUCAUGACUGUCAACGCCUCUCAAUGGGAAAGUCUACGAAGCAUGUUCGAUCAGACCGUGGAGUGGUUCGGUCGCGUUGACCACGUAUUCGCUAAUGCCGGAAUUACGGCAACCAUGGGCUUCCUGGACGUUAAACUCGAUGAGGAUGGCAAGCUGUUACCGCCCCCUUCGCGUGUCUUGGAUCUGAAUCUGACAGGCUCCAUUUACACUGCUCACCUCACAAGUGCUUACAUGACUAAGCUUGCUCCACAGACUACUUCCGGUAGUCUGGUGCUUGCUUGUUCUGGAUCUGGAUUUACCAGGUUCAAGGGUUUUGACUAUGCAGUGUCUAAACAUGGUGUCCUUGGCAUGGUCCGUGGGCUUGUAGAGCAGUUCCAGGACAGGAAUCUGCGAGUUAACGCUAUUGCACCUUCGUGGACCACCACGGCGAUCAUUCCUCCUGAACUGUUCGAAGUGUACAAGAUUAAAGCCCAAAGCCCGGAAGCUGUCGCUCGCAGCGUGGUCUUAUUAUUCUGUGACCAGGAGCGACACGGGGAUGUACUUUACAGCUGGGACGGCAAAUACAAAGAAAUCAACAAAGGACCAGCUGGGCUUCUGGGAAGGGCAACCGAGUUAGUUAAAGGCCCGGACUCAGAGGAGUAA